AUGGUGUGCCGUGAUGACUUAUUGCUUUUCCACAUUUCCCAAUAUUGCCAGAACGGGGAUCUCAUCAGCACUGGUGGUUAUGACAGUAUCACCCAGCACCUCAACGAUGGCAAGAAGACAUGCAAGGAAAUAGAAGACUUCAUGAAAGCCAGGUGAGAAACCAUGAAACCAAGAUAUUGUCCAAUAGAAACCAUGCAUUGAAUCCUCAGACUACACUGUUAAAAUGAAGUGCUUUGUAACACUAACUAGUGCCAACUGAGCUGCCACCACCUUAAAGGAGACGAAAUAUUAACUCUGCUGGUAUUGAAACAUAUGGUUGUGAAGGUAUUGGAACAGGUUGAAGGUGUACUAAAACAUUCAUCCUGAGGUGUUCUGAAACACCACAUAAUCGAGAGUUAUGCAGCACCUUGCCAGAGCCUGGGAGCACUAACCCGGGAAAGGUUAAAAACGCUAUUAUGGUGUUUCUUGUCCUGUGUGGUGAAGAAUUAGAUCACUUCUCUUUUGGUGCUGUUUCCUCUCUCUAAAGCUCCUAAAACACUAUUGUGGUGUUUCAAAUCCUGUCUAGUAGGGUUGGGCGGUGUCCAGAUUUUCAAAUUGUUAUACAGUCCUUCGUUCAUCCUGGGAUUUACAGUAUUACUGAUUUAGUGCACAAGGGGGCGCCAAAAACACAUAAAAGCCCAUUGAGUGUCUAGUACCAGAAUACGAACAAAAUUAGCACAAGUAAUAGCGAAUUUCCAUGGAGGCUGCUAGCUAAAUACGCUAAUAAGCGCAAAAGAAAAUAUACAAAUUGCAAAGACAGGCAAUCCAGCUCAUAAAGUUAUCCAUAUAUAGGUAGGAGCUACCAAAUUUCUUUUUUGGUGAGUUUGGACAUUUACAAGCGAAUGUGAACGAGAGACAUUGUGCAAAUGAACAAAAUGUUGACACAUGCUUGUCUGAAGGAAUAACAGUACUGACUCUGAAGCAGCAUGUGUACACACUGUACUCUGCUCGGAGAAGAGGGGGGAGGAGCAGACAGGCCAAGAAUGGAGAGGGGAAAAAAUGCAAGGAUAUCAAGAUAGCAGUGGCAGCUGUACAAAUAACUCAUCCAAAGGGUUUUGACUUCUCUAACACGGAAGAAAGCAAACACUAUAACUUAGGGUCACGUUAACGCAGAAAUCUGCGUUUUUCAAGUAGGAUUUUUAUUUACGCAUAAGAAAUAUCUUGCUGCGUUUUGUAAACGCAGAUCUAGAAUGCUUCUUGUAAUUUCUGCUCGGCAUCAGACACAUUUUGUGCUUCAGUUGCACUUUCCACUCGGAUGAGAAUUUACAAACAGGCAUUCUAUCAGCAGACAGUGCUCUGACUAGGGUGGCCACAUGUAAAAUACCCAAAUGCGGGACAACGGGAUGGUUUUGUGGGACAUUUGCAGGAUAGUGUAGCCUACACCUGAAUAUUUUUUCUGCACACACAAAAAUCUUCCUCCCGCUGCACCGAGAGAUUAUGCCUCCAGCUACAUUUUGUGAUCCAGAAAGGAGAGACCACUUGUGUGGCUAUUUUAUGACAAUCUGGGAAUAUGUGGCCAAGGAAACAUUUCUGGUUGGUCUCAGUUAGGGAGACUUUUAAAACGGGCUUGAGUGAAGUAGAAGCAAAUAUGUUGAAUGAGUAACUAAUGAGCAUAGAGAGUUUGACGAAAUGACCUUAUGUUUCAGUCUAAUACGGCUAUUUACUUACUUUUGUAGCUUUUCGUUAGACGCACACUUUUUGUAAGUACCGGUAGUUAACUGUCCUCUGCAAGUUUAGCUGGAAUUUAGCCUAAAAUGAUUUUACAAAUGUGAUUGGUUGACAAUAUGGCAUUGGCCUAAGUCUCUUCUUGCGCUGCGAAGAAUAUCAGAUCUAAACAACCUUUUCAAAGGGCAUGAGGAUUCAUUCCACAAUACAGAAGAAAGAUAAGAAAGUCAUUUAAGUGAUAAUGCCCGAGAAGCCGGUGUUUGGAGGAUAUAUUGUCACGGGUGUUGUUAGACCUGAGACGAAGUCAAGGGCCGGCAAACCGUGCCAAUAUAUCCUCCAAACACCGUUUUCGAGGGCAAUUUCACUUUGAUAUAAUGGGUUACCAACAUAUUAAAAUAAUGAUUGACAUAUUUUAAUUAAAAACGUUAUUUUUAUGAAUUUAUUCAUACUAUUUCAUCCUUCCACAAGAUAUAGUCCUGACACAAAUCUAGGGUUGCUACCCAAGCCGGCUGGUUGUUUGUUCUUUCGGUUCGGUUGUUAGAGACGCGACCCAGUCUUUCAGUCUUUUUGUUCUGUAUCUAUGGACUCGACCCAGUCGUUCGUUCUAAAUGUUCCAUUGCCAUACUGGCUGGCAACAUUCUUAUCCCUUGCUUGCUAGCUAGCCAACUACGGCUAACUUACAGUCAUGUCAAACAGUGCAGCCAGAAUAACAACAGUAGCUGCAUUUGCAUUUGUUUAAGCUGUUUUCUAGUUACAUUUAUUUGGAUACAUCCAUAACAAUGAGCUAAUGAGGCGCGAUUUCGCCUGUCAUUGAAAAUGUGCUCACUCGUCAGGACACUGUUGUUCAGGGGAACUAGCCAACAGAACAGCUAACACAAUCACUUCAAACUGAAGGUGGAAAGACUGCAAACUAGCUUCACUUCGUUUCGUUUUACCUUUUUUCAAUUGACAUUUCUAUAUAUAUCCAUAAAAAUGAUGCCAGCUGAUUCAUGAUUUCGACUGGCUGAGAAACGCUGCCUGCCUGUCUGUCUCGUCCCAACUCCCGACACGUUCAUUACUAUGGGACAGCUGGAGAUCGAAUUUGAAUAUUGAAACAAUGUUGCAAAUGUCGGAGAGACAGACAGCAAGGUUUAUACAAAUCUCCGCUGUUGAAAACUAAAUGUUAGUCUAAAAUAAAUGUGAGAUAAUGUCUAGAUGCUUUUUAUAGUGGAGAACAAGUUUAUAAAUUGCUUGGCUGGGCUAAUGAGACAGUGGAUUGCGCAGUCAGAUCGAACAGAGUAAAUAGGCAUUUUAACAUCAUAGAUUUAGCCGGCGGUAACUUGUGGAAUAUACACCGGCUGGAAUGCGGUUUUAACCAAUCAGGAUUCAGCAUUGAAUGAUGUGUUUUAUCUGCUAUUUCCUCAUUUUGGACAGACAAUUAACCAAUGGCAUUGAAUUGUGUCAGUGACAAUCUAAUAUGUAUAGGCUAUAGGCUUACAUAUUUGUCUUGUUGUCCUACACUCUUAGAAAAAAGGGUUCCAAAAGGGUUCUUCGGCUGUCCCUAUAGGAGAACCCUUUUGGGUUCCAGGUAGAACUCUUUUAGGUUCCAGAUGGAACCCUCUGUAGAAAGGGUUCUACAUGGACUCCAAAAUGGUUCUACCUGCAACCACAAAGAGUUCUUCAAAGGGUUCUCCUAUGGGGACAGCCAAAUAACCCUUUAAGGUUCUAGAUAGCACCUUUUUUUCUGAGUGUACUUCAUAUUUACUGUGUAAUACACCACACGAUUUGAAGGGGGAGAAUUUCCCCCUAAUCUAAAUAUAAACCUUUCCUGACAAACUGAUACAGCAUAGUUCAUAUUAUGAAUAAUUUAUAUGUUUGAUUGUAUUGUUUUCUCCUUCCUCCCUGGUAUACUGUACUGUGUAAUCAUUAAUCAAAGCAGAAUACAGACUGUGCAAUUAGUCAAGCACAAGGACACAACCCCAUUAUAACAUUGUCAUAUUGAAAGAUAUAAAGUGUGAUUUUGCAAAUAUAUUGCAGUCAUAUGUUAGUUACUUUAGGCUAAAGAAAGCAGUUAUGGUUGAAGUUGUCUAUAUUUAAAUGUUCUUUAUUUCAUGGACACUACGGACUUCCCUUCUGUGGUGCAUUGUGGUGCACGCUAUAGGCAAAUAGCACAUGCACAUAUUGUAGAUAACAUUUGCGAACUGUUUACCAUGUUGAAUGCACCUCUGAAGAGAUGUGUUUGGUCAUCUUUCAGAGCAUCCAUAGAGGAGAAGUAUGCCAAAGAGCUACUGGGUCUCUCCAAGAAGAUGUGUGGGCACAAUGAGAUGAAGUAA